AUGUUCCGCAGGGCACGCCUUAGCGUGAAGCCCAAUGUCAGGCCUGGUGUAGGCACCAGGGGCUCCUCCGCUCCCAAUCCCCAGCGUGUACCAGAGGCUCCCAGGCCUCCUGAGCCUGCCACCGAGUCUGCUCCGAAGCCAGCGGAGCACACAGAUGUGCCUGCGGUGGAUUCCGGGGGAGCGGAACCCCAGAAACAGACUCCCGGGAGCAGUGAUGACAAGACUCCUGAUGAGAAUAAUGCUGCAGCGUCCAGCACAUUGUCCUCUGCUUCCCAGAGAAGAAAGCGAGUGUCAAGCACGUCGGGUAUUGCUCAGCCUUCUGGCAGCACCCCCUCACAGAGUCACCCCUUAUCUACAGUUAAUCACGAUGCGCCACAGUCAAACCCUACUCCAGCUAAAGAGAAACAGCCAUGUUCAGACAGAUACCGAAUAUAUAAAGCCCGCAAAUUGAGAGAGAUGUUGAAAGAGGAGCUGAGAAAGGAGAAGAAACAAUGGAAAAACAAAUUUGCUGCAACUGAAAGCCAGAGACCACCAGAUCGAUCAAAAAUGACCAUGCGAGACUUCAUAUAUUACCUUCCAGACAACAACCCCAUGACUUCUUCAGUGGAACAAGAAAAGAAAACUGAGAAAUCCUUGGCUCCCACCCCAACAAGAGAUAGGCAAGAAAAUCAGAGCACUCAAGAUGCUAAUGAUAAUGAAGAAGGGGAAGAGGAGGUAGAUGAUGGGCCACUUCUGGUUCCUCGAGUGAAAGUGGCAGAAGAUGGCUCUAUUAUUUUAGAUGAAGAAAGUUUAACUGUAGAAGUUUUGAGAACAAAAGGCCCCUGUGUUGUUGAGGAGAAUGAUCCUAUAUUUGAGCGUGGCUCCACAACUACUUACUCCAGCUUUAGGAAAAACUACUACUCAAAGCCAUGGUCCAAUAAAGAAACAGAUAUGUUUUUUUUAGCCAUCAGCAUGGUAGGAACUGACUUUUCUAUGAUUGGACAACUUUUUCCUCACAGAGCAAGGAUAGAAAUUAAGAAUAAAUUUAAGCGUGAAGAAAAAACAAAUGGAUGGAGAAUAGACAAAGCAUUCCAGGAAAAACGCCCUUUUGACUUCGAUUUUUUUGCUCAUUUGCUUCAGAAAGUUCUUGCUGAAGAAGAAAAAAGAAAAAAAUCUACUAAAUGUCAGAGUUUAAAGGAAAAGGCCUCCAAACCACGGAAAAAUGUAAAAGCAAAAACAGUAACCAGUGAAGAAGUGAAUGACGAUCCAGAUGAGUCUGUAAAUAGUAACAUUUCAGAUCCAGAAAGAUCUCAAAAGGAUGCUCAGACUGUCAAUGAGGAAGAAUCACCAAGUUCAUCAGGACAGCACUUAGAACAAGCUAUGUUAGAGCAAGACCAAAAUCAAGAGAAAGAGAGGAAGAGGAACCAAGGUGAAGCUGAUAAACAGGACGCAACAAAUCUUUUAGAGAGGGUUCUUGUUCAUUCGAGCCCUCCUGAAGCAGAAAUAUGCAAGAAUACAUGUCCUUCUGAAGAAAAUGAAAGUGAAUGCAAUAAAGAACAGAUACCUUCCUUUGCACAAAACAUAGAUGACACUGCAGGUUUAGCUUCCAGUGAAGAGAUGGAGAUGAGAAUGGACCCCAUCCCUUCCACAUGUAAUCAAGAAGACAUCAUGCCACUAGCAAGUGAGUCCUCAGAGUCAUGUGUUGUGGAUUUAUCUGUGUUAGAACCCGGAAGUGCUACCUCUGGUGACAUGAAUAGUGCUGAAAGUACCUGUUCAGAAGGAAAGAGUGUUGACCUGAAGACUAAAUCACCAGAGACUGAACAGACAGAAACUGUCAAACCAAAAUCAAGAAGUCGACUGCAGAGACCUAAGCCUAAUCUGUCAAGGGCAAUUGGGAAGAAGUCAGCUGUCUCACAAGACAGACAAGAUGAAAGGAACAAGAACUCCCCUGCAGAAACUGCAGCUGAGAAGAAUCACAUGGAAAAGGAGAGAGUGAAUGAAUCUGAAAAUUUUGUAACAGAGAAUGCAGACAGAGCAAGGCCAGGUGCUGAAGCUGUGUCUGAUUUGAGUGAAAAAUCCUGUGUCCAGGAGGAUAGUCAGGCAAAAGUCUUAAGACCUACCCGACUACUGAGGAGUAGAAUGCAAAGACCAAAGCCAAAUGUAGUGAAAGCUGCAGAAAAAAAAGAAAUUCUCACCUCACAGGAAAAAAGUGGGACUCAUGCAGAGAAAAGUGAAGAUGAAUCCUGUGUUGCUAUUCCUCCACAAAUGGGAAGUGAGUCACAUAAAAACUUACAACGUGAAGAUACUGUGCCACAGCCUGAAAAAAAGGACCCUUUGGAAAAUAUGCAGGCUGAUCAGCCCAAGGUUCUUAGUGAAUGCCCAAGUAUUCAAGAAGGUAAUAAAGGAAAUAAACUGAAACAAGCCCCAGUUCUAAGGACAAGAUUUCAGAAACCAAAACCAAAUACAGGAAGAAGAAGAAGGAUAUCCUCCAAGGAAGGGAUACUAGAGGAGACACCUAUUUCUGGAGAAAUUACGGCAACUUGGGAAGACAUUCCGAGAGCAGACCCUUCCCCAAGGGAGGAGGUACCAAGUGUACCUGCUGCUCCUCUUACUGCUGCUUCCACCGAGGACUCAGAAUCAGAUGUGAAAGACAGUGGCAGAAAUGACACAGCUUCUAAUGUGAAGAUGUCAGAAAUGACGGAUGUCACUAUGGAAAUGGAGACAGGUUUGGAAACAAUUGGAAGAGAUACUUGCCCAGGGGAGAUGGGAGUAGAAAUGAUUGACAUCCCUAUGGAAACAGAGGCAGGUUUGAAAGCAUCUUUAAAUGAGACUUCUUCUAUGGAGAAAAUGCCAGAACUGAUUGAUAUCACUGGGGAAAUUUGCACAAAUUUGGGGGAAACUGGAAGAAAAGAAAUAUUUUUACAGGAAAAUGGCCCCAAGGAGGUCAGUCCAGUUAGUGAACCAGAGACAGAUUUGCAAGAACCUGGAAAAGAGUUGGCCAUGAAAGAGAGCACACCAGAUAUGAUGGAUAGCAUUGAAGAAAGGGAGGCAUAUUCAGAGGAAACUGAAAGACAAGAAAUAUCUGCACCAAUAAAGGAUGCAGAGGAGGCCAAAGCCAGGGGUGAAAUGGAAACACCCCUGGAAGAAAUUGGAGGAGAAACUUCCCAGAGAGAAAAGGCAGCAGGCGUUCCUGUGGAGCAGUUGGCCAGCGAAGAGGAUCCGUGUGGCAGCCCAUGCAGAGCGGAGGUGGGAGUGGAGUCGAGGGCUGCAGAAGGAAAGGAGCUUAGCCUGGAGGACACUGGGGAAGGAGACGUCUCCUCCAUGGUCGUGGUCUCAGGAGAGAAGACUGCCAUAGAGGAAGCAAACGGAGAGUCACAGAAAGACACAGAAACAGAGAGUUCUGUCUCUUGGGAGAGUGGAUCUGGAGAGGUCCAUGUGGGAGAGGAAAUGGUGGCAGACCUAGAAAAAACAGAAAAAAUAGAUGUUUCCUCAAGGGAAUGUGAACCAGAAGAACAUACUUCAGGGCAGCCUGAGGCAGAUGUAAUUCCAAGCAGGAGUGACGGCAGCACUGGCCCUCCCCACGAUAGAAAAAAUGUUAGCAGUAAAAUAUCAGUGAUGCCUACACUUUUGGAAGAAAAAGAAACUAGUGACCACGAUGUAUCCAGUCACUUACCUCAUGUGGAGUCCUCUUCACAGAAUUCUGGACAUCAUGAAACAGAUCAAGGGAUACAACUUCCAGAUGUUCUAGAGCAGUUUUCAGAUACUAAUUUAAGUAAACCUCUUCCUCAAGAACAGAAGCCACUUCAAGUUAAACCAGCUCCUCUUCUGAGAAGUCGAUUCAAAAAACCAAAACCAAACUUGUCAAGAGCAGCUUUAAAGAGAGCAACCAUAGAAGCAGAGCAUUGUAUACCUGGGAAGAAAUCAGAAGCAUACAAAAUGGAGACUGUCACGUUACAGCAGGACAGUGACCAAACUGCUUCUCUCUCUUCUCAACAUAAUGUACCUUCCCUAGUGGCAUCAGGAAAAAAUGAUAAAUCAGAUCAUGAGGAGGAGGGAGCUGUGACACUGCCGUGUUCACAGACUGAAGAGGACCCUUCGCCGCCCAGUUCAUGUGAACAUGAAGAGGGUUCUCAGUUAACCCCAAACCAGGAAAAUGGCUUAGUUGUUCCUAAUGGGACACAGAUGAUGAAUAUGGUCACACAAGAGACAAAGCAAAAUGUUGUCCAAACAACUCUCCCAGUGAGGGGUCGACUUCAGAGACCAAGACCAAAUGUGCAAAAGGCCAGACAAAGGCAAAUAGUAGAAAAAGGCAAAGUGGAAGACAUAGCUAAGAAUGAAGGACCAGAGCUGCAAAAAGACGAGACUAAAACAUUCCCAACAGUGGCAAACUCUUCUUACAUUGAAAAUGAAGUUGCCGUUGAAGUGUCCUCUAGAGUUUCAGAGUAUAAAGUGAAUGAAAGUCAAGACCACGUGGUUCCUGUAGAAAACUUAAGUAUUAACAAAACCAGUGUUUUACAUGAACAGAUAAGGCAUGGAAAUAAACCGUAUGUUCCUAGUCCAGCACUGCUGAUGAGAAGACGGCUUCAAAAGGCAAAACCACAUUUAGGAGGAGCACGCCAUAAAGAAGAGCAACCAGGUGUAGAAAAAGGCCUGAUAGAUGAGAGCGCAGCACUGACAGCAGCAGAUCCCCUGCCGCAGAAGCAAGGCUGUGACACCCAGCUUGCUCGACAAGCAAAGGAAAAGACAGAGAUACCUCUGGAGGUUUCAGUGAGAAAAGAUUGUGUACAUUCUGAAGAGUCCAGUUCUGAUAGAAAUGAUGUCCAGCUGAAGUCGGAACCAUCGGGAGCUGCCAGGGCUGAGAUUGCGGAGGAGCGGCCUAUGUCUUCUUCAGGGCUUGAAGAGCAGAGUCUCAGUAAACAAAUUAGCCGUCCACAACUUUUGAAAGAAUCAAGCUAUCCCAAGACUGUUCCACAUCGGAGAACAGCGCUCUCUUCUGCCUCUGAGUGUGAGAUAGAUCACAAUGGGAAAAGAGCACAUAGGAAGAUGAAGCCAAAUGUGACCAAAGGGCGUGGAUCAAAGCGAAUCCGAGGUAAGCCUGCUAAGAAGGAACCUAGAGCUUCCAAGUCCAUGUUGGUGACUCUCCGGGCUUCUCAGAAAGAGGAUGAAGAUGAUGCUGAGGAUUUUGAUUCUGACUAUGAGGAAGAAACCUAUCAUCUUGCCCCAGAAGAAUUAAACAAAGCACCAGUGUUUGUACCUGUUGGUCUCAGAUCCCCUGAACCAGUUUCUGCUCAGAUCGAGGAAACAAUGGAAGAGCUUGAGAUAACCAUGGACGCUACAGAUGUAGGAUGUGUAACUGUUGUUGAACAUCAGCUUUCACACAUGGGCGUGACAACUCAGGAUGUGCAACCAGAAAAGGAAAUGGUCAUAGGUGAACAGACCCAAGAAGAACCAGGUUCCAGUGAUGGAAGCACUGAAGCCGCCAUAACUUUACUUACAAUGGGAGAUAUAGUAUUGCAGUCAGAGAUCAUUCCUGGGCAGGGUGAUGUAGGAGUAUGUGUAUUUCCUGAUGUUCAGUCAAAGGAUAAAAGUCAUGUUCCUUUUAGUCCAGAUACUGUAAAUCAAAAAAUUGUUCAUGACUAUCAGGAAGUUUGUUCACCUGUCAUUAGUAUGUCACAUGCAUCAUUUGAGGAAAACAAGAUUGUAUCGAAGGAACAAAGCAACAGAGAAGCUGCUGUGAUGGAAGAUGACACAGAGGAGACACUGCCAACCAGGAAUACAGCUUCUACAAUGAGCUCACAUGUGAGAGUGGAGAGUAUGGUUGUUACACCCAAGCCAAACUCUGAGAAGAUUUUAGAGAUCAGUGAGCUUGACGGUCAGCAGGAAGUUGCCAGUUUUUGCAUAACUAAAGGGACAGAAGUGGAAAUUCAAAGAGAAACUGAGGAAAAUUAUUCCAAAGCAGUAGAAUUAGAAGAUAAAAGCCUUGAUCCAGUUACAACAGCAGAGACUAAGGAACAGGAGCAGGUGCUAUGUGUGCAUGAUAUUGAAGGGGCCAGUGUUUCUCAAGAAGCAGUCCUACCUGCGAGAAUUGACGAUCUUGAGGAGAACUUGCAAGAAGUUCAAAUGUCGGGCACUACAGUUGCUUCAUCUGAGAUAGGGCAGCACACACUUGAUUCCGAUCAGGGUCCUGGUGAGCGUGCUGCUGAGGAAGCCCUCAAAGAAAGCCCUGACAGCAGCGGCAUGCCCACGCUUCAUGUGCCAGAGAGUGUACCAUCAAAUAUUCCAGAAGUCCAGCAAGAAAACACGAGUCCUCAAGAUGUUACAGUGAAUCUGUUUGCUAAUGUAGAGCAAGAUGGAGAAGAUGAACAAGCAUUCAUUUUAACUUUGGUGGAAAUCCCAACUAAUGUAACAGAAGGAUUUACUGAUGCCUCCAUGCAGUUAAUGCCAAGCUCUCUGCUGCCAGCACCUAUCUUGGUCAGAUCUGGGAACACAGCAGAAAGAGGUGACCUGAGCGGGAGUUUACAAGCCUCUUCAGUUGUUCAAGAUGCUACGUGCUUAUCUCCAUCUAAAAGUGGCGAUUCUGAAAAGCCGCCUGCUAAUUUGGAUCUUACAUCUAGGAAGAGAUCUUGUUGCAGUCCUGAUGAAAGUAUUCAUGUUCCUCCUGCUAAAAAGCCCUCAAUUGCUCCAGGAAUUGAUUAUCAAGAAUGUACCUCUGAGGUAUGUUCAGAGGAAUUCAAUGUUUUUGAGAAAACAGAUUCUUGCAUGGGACAAGGCAUUUUUCCUACCUCAGAGAGCACAUAUGCAACCUCAGAAACUCAAAAGGAACACAAUGAACCAACUUUUCAGAAUACAGAAUCAUCUGGAUCUCUUGAAGAAAUAAAAAAUGCAUGUAUAGAAAACACCAUGACUCAAUUGCCUCAGAGUGAGAUAGUAUCUGAUAAAGAGGAGAAGGCUGAUCCUGCUUCCAAUUCUGAACAGAGGAACAGCGUGAAGUCAUCUUCAAAACCCCCUCUGACCAGACCUGGCAGAAGGCCUUUGGGAUUUUUAUCAUUAAUAUGUCCAAAAAAUAGUUUGGAAUCUGAUGAAGUGAUCCAAACUCACAGUAAGAAGCGCCUAAAGCCUCAAAUACCUGUAUCACAACGAAAUUUGAAGAAACCUAAUCCACUUACUGCAAGCCAGAAAAAAAAUCGGGAGUCUUCAGAUCCACUCCCAUCACCAAGUGUUCCUGAUACUCUGUCUGAUAAUACUGGAAGUUCUGAAAGUUCGGCAGCUCAGGUUUCUUCUGAUCAGCCAUUGCUAGAAGAAAAACGUAAAAGUGGGCCAAAAGGAGCAUCUGAAGAAGAGGUGACCACAGUCUCAGAGUUCGUCUUCAAUGACAUCUUCAUUGAAGUGGAUGAACUAGAAUAAAGCACUCUUCUGGGUUUCCCCUUCUUUUUACUAUUUUCGUAAUGAGUUUGAAAUUUCCAAUGACCCUGACUUUAACAAAGCAGUGUUUCAAAAAGCACCACUACCUGUUUUUAUUUAGGUCAGUUUUGAAUAUUUAUUGAGCUUCAUUUGAAGCCCUUAUAAUCAGUGGGAAGCAUUUCAUUCUGAUUGACCCUGCAUUUUGGAAGUACCAAGCAGUUAAGACUGGUCUCGCUGACAGGCAUGCAAUGUGUUUACAUUUGAUGCACCCCGGGCUGAGGUCCGCUGGACUUGAGAGCUGUGUGCAUACACAUCUGUAUAAAUCAUAGUGCUAACAUACUGGGAGCUUGAUUGUAUUUAACAUUUAGUGACCUUCUUUUAUAAAGGUGGCUGUGUUUUGUUUCUGUGGGUUUUUUGUUUGUUUGUUUGUUUUGUUUUUUGUUUUUUUUUCUUUUUCUUGGAUGAUCAGUUGCCUGUAAGUAUAUGAAAGCAAAUUGUGACACUCCACUUUGGUAUGGCAGAGUUAAAACUUUUCUAUUAUCAUCUAUUUGACUGAAAAAAAAUGUAUUUUUCUAAUUCAUGGUGAUGUAACAUUAGUCCUGAUUGAAGAUCUAGUAUUUAAACUUGCUAUUUAUAAAGAUGGCACAUCAAAGAGAUUAUUU